AACCACGGAAGCAAAGCAGAGCAUGGUCAUAGGGCUUAUCAAGUACCGUGAGAGCACUGUGAGUGCGUCUACCGAUCUCUGACGUCUUGCCCAUUCGCCUAUCUUUCCUUCGCCGUUGAAACACCGAAAAUAAUGCACCACAGACGUCACCACAUGCACGUGCGCUAACCCGCACUAUCCGAGAAGCGGCCGUCUAGCACAGCUUUUCUUGGAAGGCCAACUGCAUUUCUUGCAGCUGCACUGUCACCGGCAUUCUAAGCCUCACCGGACCCUCUGUGUAUCGCCUGAUACAUUGGAUAGAGAGAACGUGCACCCGCCAGGCCCGGAAGCUGUCAGAUUAAGGACGAUACCAAAAAAAUCUGGAGCUAGCUCCACACUACUUAAAGACCGGUACGUCUUACGAGCUUGUAUAUAACCAUUGGGAGGACCAGCACAUAUCGGCUCAGGUCUCAUCGCACCAAUUCUACAACAAUGGCAUCCACUCACGAGACUGUCACCUCCAUCCCCAAGGAUGCCGAGUACGAUUUCGUUAUCGUCGGCGGCGGCACAGCUGGCUGUGUUAUCGCCUCCCGUCUUACCGAGUAUCUGCCCAACAAGAAGGUUCUCUUGAUCGAGGCCGGACCCAGUGACUUCAAGGAUGACCGCGUUCUUCUCCUGAAGGACUGGCUGAACCUCCUUGGUGGUGAGCUCGACUACGACUACGGCACCACUGAGCAGCCCAACGGCAACUCGCACAUUCGCCACUCCCGCGCUAAGGUUCUGGGAGGCUGCUCGUCACACAACACCCUCAUCUCCUUCCGACCAUUUGAGUAUGAUUGCAAGAGGUGGGAAGAGCAGGGCUGUGACGGAUGGAGCUUCAAGACCUUCAUGCGUGUUCUUGACAACCUCCGCAACACUGUCCAGCCCGUCCACAAGAGGCACCGCAACCAGCUGUGCCUUGAUUGGAUUGACUCCUGCUCCAAGGCCAUGGACAUCCCGAUCAUCGAGGACUUCAACCAUGAGAUCAAGACCACGGGUGCCUUGAAGGGCUCCGUUGGAUUCUUCAACGUGUCCUACAACCCCGACACUGGCCACCGCUCCAGCGCCAGUGUAGCGUACAUCCACCCCAUCCUGAACGGCUCAGAGAAGAGGGAGAACUUGACUGUUCUCACCAACGCCUGGGUCAGCAAGGUCAAUGUCCAGGGCAGCAAGGUCACUGGCAUCAACGUCACAUUCCAGGACGGCUCGAGGCGGACACUGAACCCCAAGGCCGAGACUAUUCUCUGCGCUGGCGCAGUUGACACUCCUCGUCUCAUGCUUCUUUCCGGUCUCGGUCCCAAGCAGCAGCUCCAGGAGCUCGGUAUUCCCGUUGUCAAGGACCUCCCCGGUGUCGGCGAGAACCUCCUUGACCACCCCGAGAGUAUCAUUCUGUGGGAGCUGAACAAGCCUGUUCCCCAGAACAUGACCACCAUGGACUCUGAUGCUGGCAUCUUCCUCCGCCGCGAGAUCGCCAACGCUGCAGGGUCUGACGGCGAGAUUGCCGAUGUCAUGAUGCACUGCUACCAGAUUCCCUUCUGUUUGAACACCACAAGACUCGGCUACGAUUCACCCAUCGACGCCUUCUGCAUGACACCCAACAUUCCCCGACCCCGCUCGCGCGGCCGCAUCUAUCUCACCUCCUCUGACCCCAACGUCAAGCCUGCCCUUGACUUCCGCUACUUCACCGACCCCGAGGGCUACGACGCUGCCACCAUCGUCGCUGGUCUCAAGGCUGCACGUGAGAUCGCCAAGCAGGCGCCCUUCAAGGACUGGAUCAAGCGCGAAGUCGCCCCCGGCCCUAAGCUGCAGACCGACGAGGAGCUCUCCGAGUACGGCCGCCGUGUCGCCCACACAGUGUACCACCCUGCCGGUACCACCAAGAUGGGUGACAUCAAGAAGGAUGCAUUCGCUGUUGUCGACCCCGAGCUCAAGAUCCGCGGUCUCCAGAACGUGCGCAUUGCCGAUGCCGGUGUCUUCCCUGAGAUGCCCACAAUCAACCCCAUGUUGACUGUUCUCGCUAUCGGCGAGCGUGCUGCUGAGCUCAUUGCUGCCGAGCACGGCUGGAAGGGUCUGCAGAAGGAGAGGUUGUAAGCUGUGACGAUAAUAGACGAGGAAUAGGAGGAACGAUCAGAUCUGGAUACGAUUUUGACGCCUUGUAUGUAUGUUUUUGUAUGUAGGAUUGAGAUAUCAUGACAAUGAGUGACGCCGGCGCGCGGAACUAUUCCAACGCAGCAAUUGCCCAAGCAACUUCCCAAGCACCUAUCGCUCCAUUUCGUACUUAGCAAAUGAUCGAGAAGAUGUAAGUUUCAAGUUGAGCAACAAUAAUCAAAUUAAAAGAAAUUACACCACA